UCGACACAAAGAUCAUCAUACUUGGGCCCCUGCUCCACAUCACUGGGGUCUACUAGUAUACCGACGGUCUUGAACUUGUCAAGAGACCGGGAAUAAAGAUCAGGGAUCUCGUCCACGAUGCCGCUAUCGUCAGAGGCGUGGUUGACCGGACUCUACGGUUGUAUAUAAAGCCAGCUCUCUUAUCUUGUUUCUGGAAAGGUCGACACGCAAACUCAGCAAACAAAGAAUCAUGUUGUCGAAGAACAUUCUUGCCCUCGCUGGGCUAGUGCCCACGGUGCUAUCAUGGCCAACAGUCAUGGAGAUUAACGACAAGUUGAUGAGAGCUCGCACAACUGGUCGUCUCAACACUGGUGUUGGCCAUCCCUUUCCUUCAUUCGAUGCUGCUGAUCAGUACGUCGACGUUUCUGACGGCAGUGGCCAUGAGUUCCUACCACCAGGCCCAAACGACUUGCGCGGACAAUGCCCUGGACUUAAUGCUGCGGCGAACCAUGGAUUUCUACCGCGAAACGGACGGACAACUCCCCUACAGACAUCGAAGGGUCUCGAGGAAGCGUAUAAUAUGAGCCCUGAGCUUGCCAUCGGACUGUCUGCCAUAUCAAUCCUGCUAUCAGGAGACAUUCCGACGCUGACAUGGUCCAUUGGUGGUGCUUUCCCUGCUUCCCUCCCUCUCCUUCUUGGUGAACCACAGGGCCUGCUGGGCACCCACAACAAGUACGAGGGUGACGCAUCAAUUGUAAGAGGAGAUGCAUACCUUAAUAACGGCAAUGUCGGUGUUUUCCAAAAGCGCUCGUGGGACAAUCUCAUGAAAACAAUUGGAGAAGGGAACGACCUUACCCUCGAUUUGGUCAAUGACCAUAACCAGGUUAUGCACGAGUAUUCUCUCAACAACAAUGGCUAUUACUUCGCGGGACCGUUCUCUGGAUUAGUCACGCCAGCUGCUCACAACUUCGUCGUCAACUUCAUGUCCAACCACUCAGCUGAGCAGCCGGGUGGCUUCCUGAGCAAGGAGGUCUUGCGCUCGUUCUUUGCAGUAGAGGGUGAUGAUACCAACUAUGUCCACCACCGAGGACAAGAGCGAAUUCCUGAGAACUGGUACAAACGCCCUGGUGGUCUGGAUCGCUACAAUAUUGUCGACGUCGGUCUCGAUCUCGUUGCUGGUGCCAUCAACUACGGUGAUCUCCUUGCAAUCGGAGGGAACACAGGCAAGCCAAACACGUUCACUGGAGUCAAUGUUGGUGACUUGACGGGCGGUGUGUUCAACGCUGCCACUCUGCUUGAAGGAAACAACCUCAUGUGCUUCCUCGUCCAAGCGGCAACGGCCGCGAAUGUUGAUGAGCUCUCCAAACUCGAGAACCUAUUGGGCGACUUGUUGAAUCCGGUCCUGGACAUGCUUUCUGACAUGAUCGUCGGCCUGACUUGCCCACAACUGAAAAGCCUUAAUACCGACUUGUUGAAGCAAUUCCCUGGUUACACCGAUCCUUGA